AUGAUCCACGCAGUAUUGAUAUUUAACAAGAAAUGUCAGCCUAGACUAAUAAAGUUUUAUACUCCAGUUGAGCUUCCAAAACAAAAACUACUAUUAGAUCAAGUAUAUGAACUAAUUAGUCAACGUAACAGCGCUAUACAAUCCUCAUUUCUAGUAACUCCACCUUCGUUAUUAUCCGGUGGCGGUAACAAUGUAAAUGAAGACAUCCAAAUUAUCUAUAAGAAUUAUGCCACAUUAUACUUCACUUUAAUCGUGGACGAUCAAGAAUCAGAAUUGGCCAUACUGGAUUUGAUACAGACAUUUGUAGAAGCGCUAGAUAGAUGCUUUGCUGAGGUUAACGAGCUGGAUCUUAUUUUCAACUGGCAAACAUUGGAGAGCGUACUUGAAGAGAUCAUACAGGGUGGAAUGGUCAUCGAAACAAACGUGAGGAAAAUUGUUGAGGCAGUGGAUGAGCUUAACAGAACUACUGAAGAUGAUAUGAAAUUUGGUAAAGGACUAGGGAACGCAUUCCAAGCGAUUACACAAGGAAAUUUCCUCAACUGGGGGGCGAGGCAGUAA